GUUAGUUUUAUAGCCGUUGUUCUCCAUGGAGUGGUGGAAAAGGUUCGAAGUAACUUGUAUAAUUUAUUGCAAUGAAUCACUUGUUCCCAAAGAUGUGAAAAUACAACAUUCUUGUCUAUGUCAUUUCAUAGUAAUGACUGCGAUUAAUAUGUGUGAGGCCAGUAGUCUCAAUCAAAGUUCGUAAUAUUCUUAGGGACUGGGUCUUUUUCAGCCAGUUCUAGCAAUGACCAGCAUAUGAAAAGGAUCACAAAAAUUUUCGAAUUGUUAAAUAAACCUUAGACCAUAUCGCCCACAGGUGUUUGGUACGAAAUCCGAAAUAAUUACUCUCUUGGGGUUUUAUAUGUAUAUGUUGUAUGCAACACCAUUACGUAAACUUGAACAACGAUUUCAAUUAUUUUUGUUUCUGUUUUGUUUAAUUGUAGCUUUUCACCAUUUAGUUCUAUAUGGAGUCUCACAUAGCCUUUAGGUGAUGUUAUUGGCAGUUGACGGUUAAAAAUUAUAAAUUCAAGCGUUGCCAAUCCAAAAAAAGCUAUACAGACGGUUUGAGUCUGGAGAACAACGAUUACGCAUUCUCAUCAUAUGCCCCCUAAAAUAAUUAGGGAAUAAUAAACUGUCUAAACAAAAGCUCAACAAUUACACAAACUGACAACUGGUAGAUUGGCAAUAUUAACACAUAUAAAAUCUUAGCACCUAAACCAGAUUAUCCUAAUCUUCUUUUUGCAACCUUCUACAUAAUGUUAUCCGUACUUUUAAUGGUAGUCCUAGGUGCUAUCACUUACUGUUAUUUGAGAAGGCACUACAGUUAUUGGUCAAGAAAAGGGAUAACUGGUCCUAGACCUAUAUUUUUACUAGGCAACAUUGCACCCAGCAUCACUGGAAAGAAAUCCGUUGGAGACAUUGUUACCGAGAUUUACAAUGAAUACAAAGGGAACCCCAUUGUUGGUUUCUACCGUACAGUGACACCAUGUCUAUUAGUGAGAGAUCUCAACUUGAUUAAAGAUAUCACUGUUAAAGACUUCAAGCAUUUUGAAAACAACGAUAUUCAUAUAGAGAGAAAAUCUGACAGAAUUUUUGGAUCACAUCCGUUUUGCCUCAAGGGGAAUGAGUGGAAAAAUUGCAGAAAAGAAUUGACUCAUAGUUUUACAUCUGGGAAGAUGAAGCUUAUCUUUCCGAUGUUGGAAGAGAACGGACAGAAAAUGGUGAAAUCCAUAUGUAGCACUACCGUAAAUGAAAUUUCCGUACUUGAAGCCAAAAAACUUUGUUCAAAGUUCACUUUGGAAAAUGUAAAUGCUUGCGCUUUUGGAAUGGAUAGUCAAUGCUUCCGAAAAACUGAGCCUAUGGAUAUGCGUAUGGCAUAUGGCCUUGUAAAAACGGGCAGCUGGGGUGUUUAUAAAUAUUUCUUGUCCACGAUAAUACCUCGAAUACACAAAGUGUUGAACAUCAGGAUAGUGAAUAGCACCUAUGGCAACGAGCUACUUCAUAUGAUUCACGCCUUUAUGUCAUAUAGAGUCAAAUCCGGGGUUGUGAGGAACGACUUUUUGGACUCAAUGGUGCAACUUAAGGAAAAUGCCCCAUCCAAUGGUUUUGACAUACUUGCACUUGGAGCUAAUUUCUUCGUUGAUGGAUAUGAGACAAGCUCUACGGUUAUGGCGCUACUGUUGUUUGAGUUAGCUAUGCAUAAAGAGGUCCAAAACAAGUUACGCUCAGAAAUAAGACAAAGUAAAGAACUAAGCGGUGGUAAACUGUCUUGUGAAGUAGUCCAAAGCAUGAGAUACCUAGAUGCUUGCUUUAACGAGAACCUCAGAGUGCACUCGAUAGUAUCUACAUUAGGGAAAACAUGUACGAAGUCAUACACCUACCACUUGAAGCACAGGAACACUUCAGUCGUCAUCGAGAAAGGAACCCCGAUUAUUAUACCUAUAUCAGCAAUACACCAUGAUCCGCAGUACUUCGAAAACCCGAUUCACUUUUGCCCAGAGAGAUUCCUUGAGAAGAAAACCUUACAGAAAUACACGUUCAUGCCAUUUGGCGAGGGACCCCGUUCUUGCUUAGGAAAAAGGUUCGGAGUACUCCAAAUUAAAGUAGGAGUGAUAGACAUCAUCAGCAAUUUUGAGUUGAGCGUUAAUGAGAAAACAGAGCUUCCGCUGAAGUACAAUCCAUGGUUUUUUGUAGUAGCACCGACAAAAGGCAUAUGGAUAAACGCCAAGAAAAUUUUAGAAUAACAGGGUCAUGGAUUUUUAGUUGUAGCUAUAGAAACUGUUAUGAUCAUUACACGCCACUUUAAUAAUUGUAGUUUUUAUCUUCUAUAACGUGGAAUCUUUUGAAAAUGUUUGUUAUCGGAUCUUGUAAAAAUAAAUGGUUUUUUAUAAAACGCUAAACGUUACAACACAAUAGAAUAACUGCUUGUCAUUCCAUUUGGGACAACGCAUUGGUGCACCGUCAUUACAAUGUGAACUGAUGCUUUUGUUGUGAUUGCU